AUGUUUGCUGCUGGAACUGAAACUACGUAUACAUUCCUGGAAUGGGCACUAAGUGAGCUUUUAAGGAAUCCACUGGUCAUGAGCAAACUGCAGAAAGAGAUUCGGGGAAUAGUUGGAGACAAGAAAGACAUAACGGAGGAUGAUUUGACCGGAAUGCACUACUUGAAGGCAGUGAUCAAAGAGACUUUUCGCUUACACCCUCCGGCUCCGUUACUAGUGCCCAGGUUAUCAACCCACGAAGUGAAAAUAAAUGGUUACAACAUUAAAGCCAACACACAAGUCAUAGUGAACGCAUGGCACAUUGGAAGAGAUCCCAACACAUACAAGAAUCCAGAGGAGUUUGAGCCGGAAAGGUUUCUGAUUCGGAACGAUAUAGAUUACAGGGGGAAUGACUUCCAACUUAUUCCAUUUGGAGCUGGUAGAAGGAUAUGUCCAGGCAUUCAGUUUUCCACGGCUGUCAAUGAGAUUGCUUUGGCAAACAUACUUCACAAAUUCAAUUGGGAAUUGCCUGAUGGAGCAAAAGGCCAAGAUUUGGAUAUGACAGAAUCUACUGGCAUAACCAUACAUAGAAAAAAUCCUCUUAAAGUCGUGGCUGUUCCAUAUUUAUUUCAUUGA